AUGUUGGCUGAUUUUUCUGCUUUUCUUAUUAGAUUCAAACUCUAUGCUGGUCAUUCCCUUCAGGAUUUGGCACUCACCAACAGACCCUUCUUUCAAGGGAAAAGGCAUCUCUUUUAAUGGUGCUGACCUUUGGAAUAGGAAGCAUGUACCCUGGACAGAGCACUUCAAACUAGAGGAACCAUAAAUCCAUGGCUUACCUUGACAAAUAUACUGAAACAUUCAAGAUGCGUAGCAACAGUACCAGCACUGCUGAGAUUAACUGUAAUGUCACUAAUGUGAAAUUUCAAUACUCCCUUUAUGCAACCACUUAUAUCCUCAUAUUCAUUCCUGGUCUUCUGGCUAACAGUGCAGCCUUGUGGGUUCUGUGCCGCUUCAUCAGCAGGAAAAAUAAAGCCAUCAUUUUCAUGAUCAACCUCUCUGUGGCUGACCUUGCUCACGUACUAUCUUUACCCCUCCGGAUUUACUAUUACAUCAGCCACCACUGGCCUUUCCAGAGAGGACUUUGCCUGCUCUGCUUCUACUUGAAGUAUCUCAACAUGUAUGCCAGCAUUUGUUUCCUGACGUGCAUCAGUCUUCAAAGGUGCUUUUUUCUCCUCAAGCCCUUCAGGGCCAGAGACUGGAAGCGUAGGUACGAUGUGGGCAUCAGUGCUGCCAUUUGGAUCAUUGUGGGGACUGCCUGUUUGCCAUUUCCCAUCCUGAGAAGCACAGACUUAGACAACAACAAGUCCUGCUUUGCUGAUCUUGGAUACAAGCAAAUGAAUGCAGUUGCAUUGGUCGGGAUGAUUACAGUUGCUGAGCUUGCAGGAUUUGUGAUCCCAGUGAUCAUCAUUGCAUGGUGUACCUGGAAAACUACUAUAUCCUUGAGACAGCCACCAAUGGCUUUCCAAGGGAUCAGUGAGAGGCAGAAAGCACUGCGGAUGGUGUUCAUGUGUGCUGCAGUCUUCUUCAUCUGCUUCACUCCCUAUCAUAUUAACUUUAUUUUUUACACCAUGGUAAAGGAAACCAUCAUUAGCAGUUGUCCCAUUGUCCGAAUCGCACUGUAUUUCCACCCCUUUUGCCUGUGCCUUGCAAGUCUCUGCUGCCUUCUGGAUCCAAUUCUUUAUUACUUUAUGGCUUCAGAGUUUCGUGACCAACUCUCCCGCCAUGGCAGUUCUGUGACCCGCUCCCGCCUCAUGAGCAAGGAGAGUGGUUCAUCAAUGAUUGGCUAAAAUUAAGAUAUCUCUUUAAUUAUGACUUUGUUUACCUACGUUCCUUGUCUUUUUCCCAAAGGCCAGAGUUGAAAACCAAUUUCUUUAAUUGAACCUUGUGAAGAACAGAAAUAAGUACUUUUUGUGUGAUAUUCACAGUCAACAGGGGUGUGAUGGUGAAGGCAGAGUGUGAAAAAAGUGAGAGAGGAAGAGAAAAUAGAUUUACCUGAUUCCUCUUUGAAAUUCAAGCCACUUUCUUAUUUAAGAAACCUAGAUCAAGUUUUUACAGAUGUAAAUAAAAGUUGAAUUGUUUACCUUAAAUUUUUUUCAAUAAGUAAGUUAUUGUUAAUAAUGCACAGUAAAUAUGUGAGUUUGUCCUAGCAUGUAAAAAAAUAGCUUUCAUAUAAAGACCUUAAAUUCUGAGUGAGAGUAAAAAUGUCUAGUCCUUCUAACGAUAAAUUUUUCUAACAGGCAAGAUAGUGUGAAGAAUUCAAGCAACAUGCACAUAAAUUUCAGUACCACAAGCCUGUUACUAAAGAAAAGGCAUGGAAAUUCAUUCAUUCUUUGAAAAUGUGUUGGGUGCCUAUUGUGCUCUGGAUGGUCACUUUGUUAAGCAGUUUCUUUUUUUUCAUAAGUUAUUGGGGUACAGGUGGUAUUUGGUUACAUAAGUUCUUUAGUGGUGAUUUGUGAGAUUUUGGUGCAGCCAUUACCCGAGCAGUAUACACUGCACCACAUUUGUAGUCUUCUAUCUCUCACCCCCUUCCCACUCUUGCACACAUAAUAUCUCAUCUUGCCCUCUUAAUAAACCUGUGGAAAUUGCCAAUACAAAUGAAUAAAUGGAACUUCAGAGAGGUUAAGCAAUUUGCCUCAGGAUCAACAGCGGUUAGCCAAAAUUGGUCCAGUGUAAUACACCAUAUAUGCUUAUGUUAUUCCCUUCUUUUUGUUGUUACAUUUAUCAGGUCUAUACUAAAUUACCCUUCAAUGAUGAAGACACAGACUAAAGCUAAGCCACAUGAGAUCAAAUCCAUUUCAACAUGGUUUGCCUGGAAUUCUCCAAAAAAUCUGUGGGUUGUGGGUUUGGCAUGUCAAGCUUCAGACUGCAAGGUCUUAAAUGGUAAAUAGAUGCGUUGUCCUAAUACCAUUCCAAGGUAGAGAAUCCUGAUGAUAAGGAGUAUAGGAAACUCAAAUAGUUCAUUAUUUCUAAAAAAAAAAAAGUGUAUAUUUUAAGGCUUGAUACAAGUUCUACAAACCCCAUAAGUAGGUGAAAAAAGAAACUCUAUAGGGUGAUAAGCAUUCUAUAAAACCUGGAAAUUUGUGUGGAGUUCACCUAAGCUCACUUUUCCUAAAUAUAACUAUAUAAAAUUGUAAACAAAUUUGGUUUUUAGAAACUUUUAAGAAGAUUUCUGUGAGCAUAAUUGACAAUAUCUGCAUUAGAAGCAGAAAGUAUUAUCCAUCGUAAAUAUGAGAAAAGUAUAUGUUCUCUUUCUGACAAUCUUUUUAUCUUAUUUUUUUCAAAUGUUAUGGGUGUUGUUUCAGCACCAUUUUAAAGAAUUUGAAUACAAACAAUCCCUCAGCUUAUCAGGUUGAAUUUUAUGAAGCUCGCUUCAUCACUCUUAUCUUUUAUGUCUGCAAUAUAAAUAGUAUAGACAUUUGGUGUGAAAGGAGUAGAAAGGAAGUAGUAGUUCUGAGAGUAUUCACUUGAACAGAGUGACUAUGGAAGAAUGAAUAGCAAAAAAAGGAGAAUUCUUUAAAAAAGAUCUCUCACUGGGAAAAUAAAGAGUUAUGCAUUUACAAAGUAAUUAAACUGGUUUUCCUUGUAUUUUAUUAAUCUGGAUCUAAUGGCACUUCCUUAGGAGGGUUUUCAGAUGUGCUUGUAGUUAAUGGCAACAUUAUUGGAAUGACUACAUAGACAGUCCUACUCUGAGGAUAUGACUUUGGAAGAAACCCAUUUGGAACUACACAUCCUGCUAUGUCUGUGGAGAAAUGGAACCACAAUCCUCAAGAGUCACACUUCAUAUUCCCUGCUUUCAAGUGGUUGACAAAAGGUAGUGCUUCAAGCACAGGAUUUAUGGAAUAGUGGGCAAAUUAAACAACAUGCUUUUUAUUUUGACUACCAUUUAAGUGGAAUCUUUGAGCUUUUUUUUUGACAUGUGAAUCUCUAAUGUGGUGAGAGAGAAAAACAUAAAAACAUUCAAGCAAUCGACAAUUGGUUCUUUAACUUUAAAGGGGAUGUCUUUCAUAAUGCCAAAGGAAAAUGUGACAGGGCUUCAGCUGAUGACAUAGCAGUGCAAGAAAUCAGUGAAAUUACUUUAAGGUAUUACAAUAGACAACAAUUUUAACGGUUAUUCCUAUGCUUGUCACAGGCACAUAAUUUGAGACAAACAAGACAUCAAAACAUACAUCCUUGAAUUAGUUUUUCCAAAAAGUGAACACUGAAGCUAAACAUUGCCCCCAAAUCUCUGCAAGGUACUUAUCAAACUCCACAUAGAACCCAUUCAGUAUCUCAUAACACUGAUGAAAGACUGUUUAAACUUCUGAUAGUUUUGGUAAAAA